UAUCAUCUUAUCACACCGCUCAUCCGCUUCGCUCAUUUUAUUUUUAGCAAAAAGAUGUUGAAAUUUUGAAUUAAAUUGGCAAAUAAUUCCACCCUUCGUGGAAAAUUCUUCAUCAGUAAUUAACUGAAGCAACCUGUACAUUCACCAAUGAAAUUGACGUUAUAAUUCAUUGUAAUCGUGAACAAUAACGAUGUUCUCCGUCUGUAAAACCACACACCCGGCUACUGCUGUGGAACACGUAUUAUCGUGUCAUUUUUUCAAUCAAUCUGUAAAAUCGCUAAUCGUAGCAGGAGCCAAUAUCAUCAGGGUAUUCCAUCUCAUCCCAGAUGUCGAUUUAUCACGUAAAAACUACCAUUACACCGAUAACAAUCCGCCGAAAAUGAAGCUAGAAUGUCUAGCUCAGUUCACUCUGUAUGGGAACGUGAUGUCAAUUCAAUCUGUAAGCUUGGCCAACUCAUCAAGAGACGCUUUAAUUUUGGGCUUCAGAGAAGCCAAAUUCAGUAUAGUCGAAUAUGACCCUGACUCGCACGAUUUGCGUACGCUGUCGUUGCAUUAUUUCGAAGAUGACGAUAUGAGGGACGGUUGGUCAUCACAUUAUGAUAUUCCUAUGGUACGCGUCGAUCCAGAAAGUAGAUGCGCCGCCAUGUUAGUCUACGGCAGACGUUUGGUUAUUUUACCAUUUCGAGUUGACACGUUAUUAGAAGAAUCGGAAACUUCUUUUCAAGAAUCAGAUGCAGAAAAUUCUAGUCAAAUUUUACCCUCUUAUACGAUCGUAUUGAAAAAUAUCGACGAGAAAAUCGAGAACGUUAUAGAUAUUCAGUUUCUUCACGGUUAUUACGAACCAACGGUGUUGAUUUUAUACGAACCAGUUCGUACGUUCUCUGGUCGUUUGGCGGUUCGUAAAGAUACAUGUGCUAUGAUCACCGUCUCUUUAAACAUUCAACAACAAGUCCAUCCAGUUAUUUGGUCAUUGAAUAAUUUACCUUACGAUUGCGUCAAAGCAGUCGCCGUUUGUAAACCGAUCGGAGGAGUACUUAUAUUUGCUGUUAAUUCUUUAAUUUAUCUGAAUCAAAGCGUACCUCCUUAUGGAGUCGCUUUAAAUAGCUUGGCUGAAUCGACGACUAAUUUCCCACUGAAAACUCAAGAUGACGUGAAAUUAACACUAGAUUGCGCCCAAACCAGUUUCAUUUCGCAUGAUAAACUAGUAAUAUCGGUUAAAACCGGAGAAUUAUACGUUGUAUCGUUACAAGCCGACAGUAUGCGAAGUGUGAGAGCCUUUCAUUUCGAAAAAUCAGCCGCUAGUGUGCUCACUACUUGUACGUGCGUUUUCGAAGACAAUUACCUAUUUUUAGGAUCUCGUUUGGGUAAUUCUCUUUUACUGAGAUUUUCCACCAAAGAGCAAGUUGCUUCUAGCUCUAUAUCUGAAGAAAAAGCUAUUCUCAACGAACAACCGUCUAAAAAGAAGAAAUUAGAUACUUUGGGAGAUUGGAUGGCCUCAAAUGUAACCGAUAUUAGAGAUGUAGACGAAUUGGAAGUGUACGGUAACGAAAGACAAAGCUCCGUCGUUAAAAUCACGUCGUAUGUUUUCGAGGUUUGCGAUAGUUUACUAAAUGUUGGGCCAUGUGGUAACGUUUCGAUGGGCGAACCGGCGUUUUUAUCUGAAGAAUUUGCCAAUAGUUCAGAUCCCGAUGUAGAAAUCGUUACUACGUCCGGUUAUGGAAAAAAUGGAGCUUUAUGUAUUCUGCAAAGAUCCAUCAGACCACAAAUUGUAACUACAUUUUUACUGCCUGGAUACAUCGAUAUGUGGACUGUAGUCGGAACUAACAACACCGAUGAGCAACAUGCGUUCAUGAUACUGAGUCAAGAAGAUUCUACGAUGAUUUUACAAACAGGUCGUGAAAUCAAUGAACUAGAUCAGUCAGGCUUCAGUACCCAAGGACCUACGAUUUUCGCCGGAAAUUUAGGAAAUAAUAAAUAUAUCUUACAAGUAACUCAAAUGGGCGUACGUCUUCUACAAGGAGCUGAACAAGUGCAGCAUAUACCGUUAGACCUGGGAUCGCCUUUAAUCCACGCUUCUGCUGCGGAUCCUCACGUGAUUAUUUUAACCGAAGAUGGCCAGCUCAUAUUGCUCACUUUGAGAGAAAUUAAAUACGGUGUAUCUCGACUUACUGUACAAAGACCUACUAACUUUCCACUGAAACCUCACAUCACAACUUUGUGUAUUCAUCGCGACGUUAGCGGGCUCUUUUCUCAUUCUAUUCCCGAAGCUGAGCGAAGAUUUCACGGAAUUAAAAAAGAAAAAAAUUUAAUCAGCGCCAUGAAAGGCGAUAUUGAAGACGAAGAUGAACUUUUAUACGGUGAAUCCGGUCCUCAAACUGACAUAAUCGCUCAAAGUGCUUACGAAUUACUCAGCGCACAAUACAGAGGAACUGCAUGGUGGAAAAAAUACAUGCAUCCGAUCAAACCAUCAUAUUGGCUGUUUCUAACCAGAGAUAACGGCCAUUUUGAAAUAUAUUCGAUCCCUGAUUUCACGCUGAGCUAUCUAGUGCCUGGAAUCGGUACCGGAUUAACCGUUUUAGGAGAUAGUCUAAAUGCUGCUCCUACUCUAGCAACGGCUGAUCAGCAGCAAUAUUCUAAUAGUACUUCCGGAACGGAAACCGAAGUCAAAGAGAUCUUAGCGGUAUCAUUGGGCCAUCAUGGCAGAAGACCUUUAUUACUAAUUCGAUUAUCGGAUGAAAUAUUCAUUUAUCAAGCGUACAGAUACCCUAAAGGAUUCCUCAAAGUUAGAUUUCGUAAAGUAGCUAGUCUUUUGACAAGAGAUAAACGCUGCAGAUCCAGGACCAAAGAAACCACGUUAUCGUCAUCGGAAGUCUGCCAACUUCGAUAUUUCAGUAAUAUCGCUAAUUAUAACGGAGUAUUUAUUUGCGGUCACAAUCCUCACUGGAUAUUUUUAACUUCUCGAGGAGAGCUUCGAAUGCACCCGAUGUACAUCGAUGGUCCGGUGCAGUGUUUUGCUCAAUUUCAAAAUAUCAAUUGUCCUCAAGGAUUCUUGUAUUUCAAUGUUAAGGGUGAAUUGAGAAUCUGCGUAUUACCCAUACAUUUAUCGUACGACGCUGCUUGGCCAGUACGAAAAGUUCCUUUGAGAUGUACGCCGCAUUUUAUCACUUAUCAUUUAGAAAGUAAAACGUAUUGCAUCGCUUUGAGCCAGCAAAGAUACACAAAUAUUUAUUACAAAUUCAAUGGUGAAGAUAAAGAAUUAGCAAUCGAAGAGAGAAAUGAUAAAUUUCCUCUACCUUUUCAAGAUUUCUUUAGCAUCGUGUUAUUUUCUCCGGUAUCUUGGGAGGUUAUUCCGAAUACGAAAACUGAUCUCGAAGAUUGGGAACACGUGACGUGUUUGAAAACAGUCUCUUUAGCUUACGAAGGUACCAGAAGCGGUUUAAGAGGGUACGUGUGCGUCGGUACGAAUUUCAAUUACUCCGAAGAUAUCACCAGUCGUGGCAGAAUCAUUAUUUACGAUAUUAUAGACGUUGUUCCCGAACCUGGCCAACCGUUAACUAAAAAUAAAAUGAAAGUUAUUUACGCUAAGGAACAAAAAGGACCUGUUUCGGCGGUCACGAAUACCCAGUCUGGGUUUUUGGUUACUGCUGUUGGUCAAAAAAUUUAUAUUUGGCAAUUGAAAGAUAACGAUUUGGCCGGAAUUGCGUUCAUCGAUACGCAAAUAUUCGCCCAUCGAUUGCUCAGUGCAAAAAGUCUGAUACUUGUAGCCGAUGUGUAUAAAUCAAUCACACUUUUGAGAUUCCAAGAAGAGUUUCGAACGUUAUCAUUAGUCGGUCGCGGUUUCAGACCAGCUCAAGUUUAUGCUUCGGAUUUCAUUAUCGAUAACUCUCAGAUGGGUUUCAUAAUUUCGGAUCAAGAACAGAAUAUCGUCGUGUAUAAAUAUCAACCCGAAGCUAGAGAAAGUUUAGGAGGUCAACGUUUACUUAGAAAAGCAGAUUUCCACGUUGGUCAAACGAUUAAUGCGUUUUUCCGAAUUCGUUGCAAAAAGAGCACAUUAUCGGAAGAUCGACGCGUGCAACUUAAUUCCAACAAAAGACACAUCACCAUGUUUGCUUCGUUAGACGGAUGUGUCGGAUACGUACUGCCAAUACCUGAGAAAAAUUAUAGAAGAUUGUUGAUGCUACAAAACGCUCUUGUAAAUCAUAUACCACACACUGCUGGUCUAAAUCCGAAAGAUUUCAGAACGUACAAAAGCUCCAGAAAAAUGUUGGGUAAUUGUGCAAAAGGUAUUUUGGAUGGAGAAUUGAUCUGGAUGUUUGUUAUGUUGACGAAUGUUGAACGAGCCGAGAUAGCUAAAAAAAUCGGUGUCAAGAUAGACGAUAUUUUAGAAGAUCUAUACGAGAUGCAUAUGUUGACUGUUCAUUUUUAAGUUAGAUUCUUUUCCAAGAGUAAUAUUAUAUGUGUCUUCUUUUCAUUUUAUUUAGGUACAUAUUUAUUUUUUGUAUAGUAUUUGUAUUUGAAUUGACCUUUUUUUGUAAUGAAGAAUUAGGUAUAAAAAUAGAUUUUCUAAUUUAUUA